AUGACUCUGGACAAGGAGAAUCUACAUUACAUUCAUGUUUGGGAGAAGCUUUAUAAUAUCCCUUUUGAGUACUGGACAACGGAGGGUUUGAGUCAUGUAGCUAGUGUUGUGGGACGUCCUCUCUAUGCAGAUGCGAUCACUCUUACACGUAAAUGUCUUAGCUUUGCGCAUGUUUGUUUAGAGAUUAAUGCUUUGGAGGAGAAUGUAGGGAUAUUUGGCCACUCUUGCUCAUCUCAAACUAAGCCUAGUGACAAUAAGCAUCAGGAAAAACUUGGCAAGGUUUGGGUUUCCAAGGAUAAGGCUGGCUCGAGUGGUGCAGCUAAUGAGAAACCACAUAUCAAUGAUGAUUGGACCCAUCUAGUGGCCUCGAAUUCUGAUGUAUCUUCUACAUUAGAAUUACAAAUGGUGCAUAAUGAGACUACUGAAUUAGGAAAAGAAGGAGAAGUGACUCCAGUUCCACUUGCCAUUCUGAAUGAAAAUGAUAUGUCAGUGGUAUAUGGGAAUGAUAUCCCAGUUAAGCGUGUUGAUCCAUGGGCUGAUUUAGUAGCUAGGCAUGAAGGGUAUGCACACUUGCCAUGGAUGGUCAUAGGGGAUUUCAAUUAUGUUCUCUCUCCUUCAGAGGUGGAAGGUGGUUCUUCUUCUUGGCCUGCAUGGCAAGAUGAUCUUUGGAACUGUAUGGGUGAAGUGGUUGUGGGAACUCUUAUGUUUUGUUUAUGUUCGAAGUUGAAGCUUGCCUUGAAAGUUUUUAAUAAGGAGCAUUUUUCAUGUCUAUCUAGGAGAGUUACUCAAGUUCGGACUGAUCUAGAGCAAGUUCAACAUUUGAUUCAGCAUUCACCUUUGGAUUCAUCUUUACACAGUGAGGAGGCUCUGCUACAAAAGGAAUUUGGUGAGUUGAGUAGGGCUGAUGAGGGCUUUUUGAGAUAA